UAGGAAUAGAACUGCUCUUUUCAUUGCAACGUGGACUGAAACUGCGAUAGAUAGUUGAUACUUCAUCUAACGAAUAAUUUCUGUAGGCCUACGCUAUCAUCAUCUCUUAUCUGAUAAUCAUUAUAACCGCGGUCGCUCUGAGAUAGUAAGUAUUAUUCUUUCGACUGAUCGGUCGGCUUCAACAACCGAAAUUAUUAUUCCGUUGUUAGAUGUUGAUUCAAAGUAAACGAGCCUACGCUAGUAAAUACGUACAAUCUAUUGAGAUCUUAGUUAUCCAGUUAUUUUUGGUUACUAGUAUAGUUAGUUCAAGACGAGAUCUUGGUUUUAAAUUAGUUGUUCAUUGUUUGUUAACUUAGUGGAGUUGAAUUUCCAAAUUUCAUAUAUUUCUGUGCAACGUGUUUCCCAUUAAGUAUCUUUCAACAUGAGCAGUUCAACCGGGAAAUUCAAAAACCGUUUUCUUCUAGCUUCAGAAAAGGGCUUCAGUUACGAUUGUAAGUUUAUAGUCGGCUCUGAAAAAAUUGUCGUCGAAGGACACAAGUUUCUGUUCUCGGUGGCAAGUGAAGUAUUCCAAGCAAUGUUCUACGGGGAGCUGAAAGAAGACAACGCUGUAAAAAUUAAAGAUUUACUUCCAGAAGGAUUUAUAGGAAUGAAACAUUUCAUCUAUACAGGUGAGGUAAAUUUCGAAUCUGCAACUCACGCUAUGGUAAUUUAUGUAGCCGCUCGAAAAUAUAUGAUUCCUGAACUCAUCCAGGAAUGCAUCAAGUAUAUUCAAGAGGAAAUCAAACCUUAUGAGGUAUUAAUAAUUUAUGAGUUUUGUGAGAUCAACAGUAUACCGGAAUUUGAAGAGUUGUGUUUGAAAAUGAUAGAGGAAAAUACUGAUGUAAUAGUUAAAAGUGAGAUUUUUCCAAAAGCAAAAAUUGAAACAAUACAAUUGCUUUUGAAAUCUCGUUCUCUCACAUUAAAAUCAGAAAUCGAGGUGUUUGAUUUUUUUGAAAGAUGGGCUCUUGCUGAAGCUGCCCGGAAAAAAAUCAGCGAUGAAGAGUUGGCAUCCAGCUUCAAAAAUCUGAAAAAGUACAUUCGAUUCCUAGCAAUAAGUCCUGAAGAGUUCACCUCACGUAUUAAGCAGUCUUUGCUACUCACGCAAGCAGAAAAACAAGCUAUUGAAUGUAAUUUGAUACAAUCAGAUCCAAAACCCAUGCCCGAGAGUCUCUCUGUAAUACAACAGCAACGUAAUUUCUUACCCACGAAAACUUUCAAACAUAAAAAAUAUUAUUACAUUCAUAGUUUUGUAGUUUCAUUACAUUGGUUUUGUUCAUCAUGUUCCAUAGUGAAUUUCCAAAAUGGAAAUCUUAUUCUCUACUUAACUCUUGGUGAUAAAGGUAUUCAUGAUAAAUACAUGUUUUGCAUGAUUAGGCCAAUUAAUAUUGAAUCUAAUCCCAAAUUUUUCAUGUUGGAAUCAAAAGUGACAGUAUUAUCAUCAGUGGAAGGAUGUGAUGAUCUAAUUUUCACAAAUAACAACAAAAUAAUAUUCGGUUCAAAGUUAUCUGAAGUAUUUCUUGCUGGAAUUCCUCUAGUUAAAUUGAAUAAAAACUUUUUUAUGAGAGAAACAUACAAAAGAAUUCUAGUUAGGGUGGAAUUUAAUCUUAAUGAAAUUGAUGAUUAGAUUACACCAGCUCAAAAAAAGAUUACUGGAAGUUAGUUUCUUGCUUUUAACCUACGAAUUUCAUAUAGGCCUAACUCGUUAUAGGUU